UAACAGCGUCAGACGUUUUUUGGUUGCAUCUAGAGCGAGGAUGGCGGGUCUGCUGCACAGUGUGACACUCCCAAGAGUGCCGACAAAACACGAAAAGUGUUACGACCCUCAUGACCCAACAGUUAAAUUUGUCGAUAAGGAGGAUGAUUUGGACUUUUUGUGUGAAGACUUCAAAUCUCGCAGAGCUCAGAUGUCCUGUGGUCACGCUGUGACCCCGACCUCUCUCACCAACUGGUGUCGCAAGUUGUUGGACCAGGGUGAAAGCAGAUUUGUGUGUGGCGGGUCUGGUUGCAGUGCUGAGUGGACUUUUUCAGAGGUUUGGAAAAUGGCUCUUCUGGACCCUCAAGAAACUGAGCAUUUUCGAAACAAAUUGGCUGUCAAUGCUGCCUUGCAGACGCUUAUUACCAAAUCGUGUCCUGUAUGCAGAUCCACUUUGAUGAGAGAGAAUGGAUCAGAUUUGAAUGUCCUCUGUAAAGUGUGCACAGCAGUAAAAGGACGACCGUUUGAAUUCUGCUGGCAGUGUUUGAGGGAGUGGAAGGGUCCACGGCCUCGGAAAGACCGCUGUGAAAACGAUGGCUGCUGUAACCACUCACUAAAAACACUAAAAACCUGCCCAGAUAUCAGCUUUGAUUCAGUUGAGGGAGUCAACGGGUGUCCCUCUGUACGUGCCUGUCCCACCUGUGGGUUACUGUUGGAGCACAACAAGAGGCGCUGUAAAUCUCUUGUUUGUCCUCGAUGUAAGGUGAAGUUCUGUUUUGUGUGCCUGAAGAUCUUCACUAAAUGUAUGAAAACAAGUGGCCCUUAUGCAGCAUGCUCCAGUGGUGUAGCCCCCAGACAGACAUCGAUACCUGUAUGGAAAAAGAAAUAAUUAAAAAGACACAAAGCUCCCAA